CUUGAAGUUUCUUAUUCUAUUCCAACAGAUGUCCCAAGUUUAUUAAAAGCAGAAGACCUGAGAUUUCUCAAUGCCUCUGCCAACAGACUGGAAACACUUCCUCCAGCCACUCUUUCUGAAGAAACCCAUAGCAUCUUGCAGGAGUUGUAUUUGACCAAUAACAACCUCACGGAUAAAUGCGUACCCUUAUUAACUGGCCAUCCACACCUGAAGAUCUUGCACAUGGCUUACAAUCGCCUACAGAGCUUCCCUGCGAGCAAAAUGGCCAAGCUGGAAGAGUUGGAGGAAAUUGAUAUUAGUGGGAACAAACUGAAAGCCAUUCCAACAACCAUUAUGAACUGUAGACGUAUGCAUACUGUAAUUGCUCACUCCAACUGCAUCGAAGUCUUCCCAGAAGUCAUGCAGCUUUCUGAAAUAAAGUGCGUGGACCUAAGCUGCAAUGAACUGAGUGAAGUCACACUGCCUGAAAACCUGCCUCCAAAACUGCAAGAGCUGGACCUGACUGGAAAUCCGAGAUUAGCCUUGGAUCACAAAACACUGGAGCUGCUGAACAAUAUCCGUUGCUUCAAGAUUGACCAGCCCUCGGCCGGCGACGCUUCGGGAGCGCCGGCGGUGUGGAGUCACGGUUACACGGAAGCGUCGGGCGUUAAGAACAAGCUGUGUGUGGCAGCGCUUUCAGCCAAUAACUUCUGUGACAACCGGGAGGCACUUUACGGUGUUUUUGACGGUGACCGCAAUGUGGAAGUGCCAUAUCUGCUGCAGUGCACCAUGAGCGACAUCUUGGCAGAGGAGCUGCAGAAAACAAAAAAUGAGGAGGAAUACAUGAUCAACACUUUCAUCGUUAUGCAGAGGAAACUUGGAACAGCUGGACAAAAACUUGGAGGCUCUGCUGUCCUUUGCCACAUAAAACAUGAUCCCAUGGACCCUGGUGGAUGCUUCACACUGACAUCAGCAAACGUGGGGAAGUGCCAAACCGUUCUCUGCCGGAAUGGGAAACCUUUGCCUUUGUCCAGGUGUUACGUGAUGAGUUGUGAAGAAGAACUGAAGAGGAUUAAGCAGCAUAAGGCCAUUAUCACAGAGGAUGGCAAAGUGAAUGGUGUGACAGAUUCAACAAGGAUCUUGGGGUACACCUUCCUUCACCCAAGUGUCGUGCCACGUCCUCACGUCCAGUCCAUCACCUUAACUCCGCAAGAUGAGUUCUUCAUUCUGGGGAGCAAGGGGCUGUGGGACAGCCUCUCGAUGGACGAAGCAGUGGAGGCAGUCAGAAAUGUGCCUGAUGCCCUGGCAGCCGCGAAGAAGCUUUGCACUUUGGCCCAGAGUUACGGCUGCAACGACAGUAUCAGCGCCGUCGUGGUUCAGCUCAACGUGACGGAGGACAGCUUCUGCUGCUGUGAGCUUAAUGGAGUCCCACCACCCAGCCCAGGCAUUUUCCCCCAGUCUGUCAACGUGGUCAUCAAGGACAGGCCAACAGAUGCGCUCGGGAUGCCGUCUUCGAGCAGCGGCAUGGCUUCGGAGAUCAGCAGCGAGAUCUCCACCUCUGAAAUGAGCAGUGAGGUGGGGUCCACAGCCUCCGACGAGCCGCCCCAGGUAGCCAUGAACGAGAAUAGCCAGGCCUACCCAUUCUCCAGCGCCUUCUCUGACAACGGCCUUGACAGCGACGAUGAGGAGCCCAUUGAGGGAGUGUUCACCAACGGCAGCCGCGUGGAAGUGGAGGUGGACAUCCACUGCAGCCGAGCCAAGGAGAAGCAGCUUCUCCAAGUGCCGGUGGAAACCAGUGACGAAGGAAUUGUCAUCAGUGCCAACGAAGACGAGCCCGGCCUUCCCAGGAAAGCUGAAUAUUCGGCCACGGGCACAAUAGGGCGCCGGCGGGGCAACGGCUCUGUGGCACCGCAAGAGAGGAGCCAAAAAAUCGAAGUCGCAACAGAUGCCCCGCUUAGAAAAACAGGAGGCUACUUUGCUGCUCCAGCACAGCCUGACCCUGACGACCAGUUCAUCAUCCCACCAGAGCUUGAAGAAGAAGUCAAGGAGAUCAUGAAGCAGCACCAGGAGCAACAGCAGCAGCAGCGGCAGUAUCCGAUGGACCACCUGGCAGACUAUUAUGAUACACCACUAUGACCCACUCUAUUUACUUCUCAGAAGUAAACUAACAAACAAGGAGACUUGAGUGUGGGACCCAGUGGGCUCGCAUUACAGCAGGGGUUUUCCUUAUCCUUUUCCUUUAUAUACUUCCUUUUCCCUAUCCUACCACUACAGAUAACUGCAGCUUUUCAGUUUGUUAGGUUUAAUAUUCAUUGACUUUCUUCUAGAGACGCUUGACUGGUAAAGUUUAAAAUAGUUAACCUUCCCUUAACAUAUCAAGUGUAAACACACACACAAAAAAAAACAAAACAAAAAAAAUUAAAAGGUUUAAUAUAUUGCCGAGAAACAGAUGAUGAUGUAAUAUUUUUUAAAAUGGCUUGUUUGUUUUGUUUGAAAAGCAGGGCAGUAGCCAGUGCUAAAUGAUUUAAGUAAUAUUGUAAUACUGUAUUUCUUUGAGAGAAAAGGCUUUUUUUGGUCUUGAAAAUGAUAGACAUUUGUAGAAUAUGGAGACUAACUCCUAGGAGUUGCUUUACUCUUUCAGGUGACUUAAGUCACUGAGAUUCACUAAUUUUCUCUGAGAGAACAGUUGAUUGGGAAAUUCCUGUAAAUAGCUCAGUGUUGUAUAGUGAUGCUUACAUGUUUUGUAGCCUUGGCAUUAAGGACACAACCUGAAAAAUUGACCUUUUUUCUUAAACGACCCUUUGGGCCGUGGUCAUUGAGCGUAAUGGACUGAGUGGCUGUGUAGAAGGUAGCUAGAGCCAAGAUGGUGUAGACCAUUUAAAGAAACACACUUUUUCCUCUGGUCUCUUUCUUUCCUUACUUUUAAAAAUGUUUUGUUUGUGUUCCUUACUGCUGCCACAACCAGCAUGAUUGUAUAGAGCUCAUUUGCUGUAGAACAUUUACAUACCAAGAGUUAUAUUAAAGCCGAAUGCACAAAUGAACAUGUCAUAAUUUUUGUUAUAAUAAAUAUUAAAUUUACACCUGA